CUGCUAUAUCUUGUGAAUAUUUUUUUUCAAAUUUCUACAAAAAGUAGCACACAGAUUGAGCAAUGUAGGUAGAAAAAACAACUACUGGAUUCCCAUGAGACUUCACAGAGGGAGGUUUUACAUUGUGGCUACAAACCUCCAGUCAGACUCAGCUGUGCCUGCAGUGCAGAGUCAACUCAGCGAGAGGACAGUUAACUGCAGGAAAACACAGGAGCUGGAACUGUAUGCAUUCAUAUCUGCUGAAGAGGACGCCAGUACAUGUGGAGGUGAAAGCAGUUUGAAGUUCCCAGAUGGCCCCUUCCACCUGGUUGGUCCUGCUGCUACAGCUGCUCAGCUGGAUAUCCGCUGGCCAGGCCUGUUUCUGUGACCGCUACCCCUGGGGAUCCUGGUCCGCCUGCUCCCAGACCUGCAACCACGGGACACAGCACAGGCGCAGGGCUUUUAAUUUUCUUGAUGGAUAUUUCUGGAAGAGCAGCUGCCUUCAGCUGUGUGAGGCGCAUGACAGAAGAGCUUGUAACGAGCAGGCCUGUCCCAUCAACUGCCUGCUCACUGAGUUCGGGCCUUGGUCCGACUGCUCGCCCUGCGCUAAGAUUCAGUUACGGACGCGGUCUGUCCAGAGGCCGUCCCAGUUUGGUGGAUCGGCCUGCAGCCCGGAGCUGACAGAGGAGAGGCCCUGUUACCCCGCCACAGAGUGCAAGUUAGCACCCAUCGACUGCAGAGACGACUUCAAGUGUGAAAAUGGACGCUGCAUCAACUCGACGCUGACAUGCAACAGGCAGAACGACUGUGGAGAUAACUCUGAUGAAAAAGACUGUGGUGAAUUUAAAAUUGUGUGUCCAGCGGAGAAGAGAGUGGCCCCCGGGGCUGACCUGGUGGGAAAUGGGUUUGAUGCUCUAGCCGAGGAGCCAAGGGGAGCGGUAUUGGACAACAUGUUCAUGGGAGGAAGUUGCAACAUCAAGAGGCCUCAGAGCACGACGCUCUACCACCGAAUCCCUCACAACUUUGAGAGCUUUGAAAUUAAGGUUGGCGAGCUGGAGGACUUCAGCAAAGAGCCCCAUCAGCUGCACACUGAGCCUAUCAAUUUCAAGACGUCCAGCUCAUCUGGAAUGAGCCAACAAGACCAAGAUAACUUUUUUAUCCCCAUUAUUUUUCUCCCCUUGUUUUUCUACACUGGGAGUUCUAUGUCGAGUUCCACCAAUAACAAGGAAGCUUUUGAAGCUUCAAAGAAAACGGACUCCAAGUUUUUCCGGGUGCACCAGGUUCUGCCCAUAUCCACGUUCAAGGUGAGGGCUCCGUCGGACCUUGUCCUGGCACAGCCUUUCCUCCAGUUCCUUCAUGCGCUUCCUUUGGAAUACAACUACCCCCUCUACAGGGACAUCUUCCAGCGCUUUGGGACUCACUACUACAGCUCAGGGAAACUAGGGGGCCACUAUGACCUGUUGUAUCAGUACAGCCGAGAAGAGCUCACCAGUUCAGGUCAAACAGAAGAGCACACCAUGAGCUGCCUGGGCAGUGAGACCACCUUUACCGUCAUCCUCUACUCACAACACAGCAGUGUAACCCGAUGCCACAACAACAGGAUGACUGAGAAAUAUGAAGGCUCGUAUAUUCGGUCAGCAGAAAAAUCUUUCUCCAUGGUGAAAGGAGGUCGAGCCCGAGAGGCAGCAGCUCUGGCCUGGGAGAGGCAGGGCCCCACUCCGGACCGAACUUCUUACAAGAACUGGGCCAAGUCUGUUCUCGAAAACCCUGCUAUGGUCCAAUCCCAGGUCCACAGCAUCAUAGAUCUGGUUCAGGGAAUCCCAUGUGCUGUCACCAAGAGGAGACACCUGAGGAGGGCCCUGCUGCAGUACCUGGACGAGUUUGAUACCUGCAAGUGCGCUCCUUGCCCCAACAAUGCCAGGCCCGUUCUCUCAGGCACAGAGUGCAAGUGUGUUUGCCAAGCUGGAACAUUUGGAACGAACUGUGAGAAACGAGCUCCCGACUACACUUCAGAGGCGGUAGAUGGUUACUGGAGCUGCUGGGGGCCAUGGAGUGGCUGUGGAGCCUCGAUGAAGAGACAUCGGACGAGGCGAUGCGAUAACCCUGCCCCCCUCCGAGGAGGCCAACCCUGCAAGGGUCUUGAGAGACAUGAGAGUCCAUGUCACAUCUCCAUCUUUGAAAAACAGGAGACUUGCGACAAUGACGACGACUUCACUAUUGGCUGGAAGGACGAGCUGCCUCCUGGUGUGCAGGGCUGCCUGAGGCCACAGAGGCCCGCCAACAGCUUCCUCCGGAAAGCAAAGCAGUAUUAUGACUUUGGUGAGGAUGAGGAGUUCCAGUGCUACACUGGAUUUGAUCUGGAGGGUUUUCAGUUCAUCAACUGUCUUCCUGAUGGGACGUGGAGUCAACCAAAAGGAAGAUGCACCAGGAACGUGUGCCUUCCUCCUGAGAUCCCUGAUAGCAUGACGCUGUUUCCCAACAAAGUCGAGUACAGGGUGGGGGAAUCCGUGCGUUUGAGCUGUAACGAGCCGGACCUGCGGCCGCUGCCAGCGUCCUUCUUCAGAUGCAGCGGCAGUUCCACCUGGCAGCCUCCAUUACCGUCUGACCUACGCUGCACUGAUGAGGUACCAUUUGUUCCUGAGAGUCAGUGCAGCCCAGGACAGAAGCGACAGGGCUCUAAAUGUGUCUGUAUUCAACGCGAGCGCUGCCUAUCACAACCAGACAGUCUCUGCAUCCUAAACUUGGACAUUGGUGUCACCGUGCCAAUGUCCCUGUGCUCCUUCCAUGUUGGCCGUUGCCACGGUGACCCGCUCUUCUUUGUCAACGAAGGCGCGUGUGACACGGCUGAUUUGGCCAAACUGGAGUGGGCCAUCUUCAGAGCCAACAUGUCCUCUAAGAGCUCUGUCCAGGAGCGCUGUGAUCUCAACACGUGUUAUGAAUGGGAGACCUGCUCGGCGUCUAAGAAGUGUGAGUGCAGAGCUGCUCGGAACUGCCCCGGAGGUCAAGAGUACACGUUCUGUGUGAAGCUGACCCGGACCCAGAGGACUCGCAGCAUGGACCUUUGUUCUAUGGCUGCCCUCAAAUGUGCCAGCUACCAGUUUGAGAUUCUCAAUGAAGGCGUCUGUGAGUCCACAUGAUCCUUCAAAAUCUUUUUCUGCACUCGACCUCAACCUGAAUUCAUCUCCCAUCUCACAUUAUAGCCAUAAGCACAUAUUGCGUGUUUUUCUUUAAAAACAUUACAUUCGUAAAAGAAAACUAGACUGGUAUUCAGGUAUACUUGGGUGCAAGAACCCGGGGCAACUUAUCUCUAAGUCUAAAAUGGACUCAAACCUGUGUUUUUGGAUGCACUCAUUUUGCUCGGGUAGGUUCAAAGGUUUCAGAGGCUAUUUUCAAAAAGAAUUACCUGGUAUGGUAUAUGCAAUUUUCUUUUAAAGGGCAUCAUCACAUUUUGUUUAGCAUAUUUUUUAAGACAAUACUGUAUCUGACAACAAUAUGUAUCAUACUGUCAUCUAAUGUCAGAUUUGCACCAAAUUUGAAACGGGCAAUGUGGCGUACAUAUCACAUUUGAGUAAUUUGGGUAACACCUAUAUUGGUGAUUUGGUUCAAAAAUAUCAUUAAAUAUUGACAUACAUGUGAAAGCACCAAAGCUUAAUUUCCACCAAGUUGGUAUAUGUCUAUACUGGAUAGGCAUAUUUAGUAUAUGUUUGGUGACAGUUGAACAACUAUAUGCCAUAAAACCACCCUGAGAUAUGAUUGAUAUAGGAAUGACCGUUAUAGGGCCACAUAUGUUGGAUUGGCAGUAGAUCUGCACCAAUGGUUGGUCUACCCUAUGUGAUGAGGGUAGACCAAGAGAAAAUGGGUUUCACAUACUGUAUUUCACAGAAUUUCACAGUUUGUGCAUGCACCCCUAAAAACAGAAUAACAUGAAAGCACAGAAGUCUUUAAUCCUGUGGAUAUUUGGGAAAAAACAUAACGUUGGGAUUUUAAAGCUUUGCAGAUAGACUGUCGAUGUGUAAAAGGCUAAAAACGGGAAUGAAAGGUUUAUGACUUCACAGAGGUCCCAGACAACAUUAUCAAAGAGGGGCUUUACCGUUUGGAAAAUUAAUUACAUGCACAGAGUGGAAUAUUAACACAUAUAGAGAAUCAUAAAUUCCUACCAGUGUCUGUUUUUUUAUUUCUUUUGGAGAUUUUGUACUAUUUGGAUCCCACCUCAGAAUAUUGUUCUAACCUUACAUGCUUAGGAAUGUGACCAAGAGAUAUCUAAAUUAAGUUUUUUUUUUUUUUUUUUACAAUGACUCAAAUAAAAUGAGGAAGACUCACCUAAGGGUGAUAAUUCACAAAGAAGGAUGCACACUAUAGAUAAUCACUGCCAAAUAUACUUCUUAUCAAGUCAUUUAUGUGUGUUUUUGAGUCCUAAGAUCGGAAAAUUCUCACUGCUGUUGCAGAUUUCAUUUUUAUUAAGAAAAUAAAAGUUGCAAAUGAAGUUUUACAUGUUGCAAGCAAUGUGCUGUCCUUUUAUGAAAACUCCAACCAAACCAAAAAGUUGGGCUCUGUUUGAAACAACUUGAAAAAUAUCUUUAAGUGUACCGGAAGACUUAUUUUCAGUUAAUUUCUAUUUUUUAAACAUUAUUUUAUGACUCAAUUGGCAAGAUGAGUAAUAUACCAAAUUACAGAACAACCAUCCCCAAAGGAUUGUCAAAAUAAGAGCGUAUCCAGUGCACUAAAAUGAAUGGAAUUCUGCUCAAUGGUUUAUUGAAAUGACACAUGAUUUUAUAUAUAUGUUAUAUAACUAUGGAAAAAACUACAGAAAGAAAUUCCAAGUUAUGAGGCCACAUAAUCAAAGCAAGGUAUUUGGAAACCAACCCAUUUUGAAUUCAUAGGAAGUGGUUUGUGAAAUGGUGUGGUUCAGAAGUAGAGCUUUCAAAUUGAUAUAUUUUCACAAAAACAAGACAACAAAAAUGUAUCCUAAAAAGUGUUUUAUUAACUUCCUACAACAAAAACAAUAAAUUUAGCAUUUUGUCAAACCUUUAGAACAGAAUCUUAUUUUACAUGCAAAUGUUUUUCAUCAUCAGCAACUCCACGACAAAUAUAAAAAGAGGAUAGGGCGGGUGACACUUCUAAACAGAAAUAUAAGUAAUUUCAUAUCUCGAUAACAAUAUCUAUCGCGAUAUAGCAUGUUGUAAUUCAAUAAAUAAAUUGUCUAGAUGAAAUAAUCACAAAGCAAAGCCUAUAUUUGUGUACUCCUGUGUGUAUUAAAUAUUUACAAAU